AAGCACAUAGUGUGCUCCUACACAACACGACAGGGGCAAUGAAGCCAUGAUGUGCCUUGUUUCCUUCACUAGAGCAGGAAUUAGGACCCACAGUUUGGCGUGUGCUGCCUAUUUUGUGGCCUCAUUCUGAGCUGUGCUGGGCCCCCUGCUACAGACAGCAGGGGUGUCCAGAAGCAUCAUGGAUUCUUCCCACUUCUGGUCAAGUCACCUUUCUUGUUCCUAUGACUUGAAAACCUUCAGCUGUGCUCCUAUAUUGGGUUUCCAUAGCAAGAUUUUGUAGCAGAGGGGGUCUACAGUGAUGGCUUUUCUGAGAAGUAACCACCUUCUCACCUUUUCUUCUACAGACACUGUAUACUGCUGCCAGUAACAUGAGAAGUCACCAAUUGUGUCAGGACUGUGUGUUCUGUGGUUUAGGGACACAGCCAGCCAUCCCCUGCAGCUUGCUGUGUGCCGUGUGAUCUCUUUGCUUUGCUUAAAUGUGCUGCCACAGUCAGAGGUUGAAGACAGCUGGUGUGUUUCUCUCCCUGUAAGAGAUACCAGAAGCCACCCGAGGCACACUCCACUGCUGCAUCCAGCCCCAGGUGUGGAAGAGCUGCUGUGAAGCUUUGCAGCCAGGCACCGUAAGUGGGACAUGCUGAUUUUUGACAGCUCUGGUAAACUAAAGCUCCAUUGGAUCCAGGUGAGGCUCUUGCCAUAAAUAGCUAUGUGGCAGCAGUAGAGCUCUGGUCUUGGUGCACCCUUGUUUGCAGAGAUCUGGAGACAAACAUGAUAGAUGUUGCUUCUAACAGGGUCAGGCUCUGCCAACGUGCAUGAACAGAGAAAGGAGUUCUGCCAGCUCUGCUGACUCGGGUGAGCUCUGUGGGAAUGCAUGACAGCCUUGCUGACCUCGUGCAGAGAUGUUUUGCAUGGUGCAGGGAGUUGGGUUUGAGCCUGAACAGAGCUGUAGGUUUCUGUUCCAGAUGGUCAGAGUGAGUUCACAGGCACAGUCAUUCCUGUUUCUGUUUACCAGAAUGUGUCUGGUGAUUUCCUAAGAGAAGAUACAAGCCUCUGUGCAAUCUCCUCCAUGCGUGCAAGACAUACAUAAUCACAGCUCUGUGAAGGUGAACAAUCAUGUGCUGACAGAUGGAAGCAAAUGGUAAGCGUGUAACAAAUGGAGGGGUGUAGGAAAGGUGGGGAUCUCCAUCACAGACUGCGAUUGAGGUUUGCAGGGGGCCUGACUGGAGGAAGCUUCAGAACAAGGGCAGCUGUACAUCUCCAUUGAAAUAAUGAGGUUUUUCAGAAACUGAAGUUCACAAAGACACUUCUGCAGAGCUGCAGCUUUCCCAGCUCGUCUGCCCAUGUGUCGUCUGCCCAUGUCUCGUCACAACCUGGAGCACAUCCAGAUCAGACGCAGCAUUGACACUGUCUAUGGUGCUCUCAGAGAUUGCAGUCCUUUCCCACCACAAUGAGGUUGGAGAACUCUGCAAGAGGAGGAGAUAAGUGUUGUACUAAUCUGUGGGCACUGGCAAGGCUGUGUGUGGUGAAAACCUCACUUGUUUUGUGGACUACGUACAGACCCUGUCCUGUAUCUUGAGAAAUGACUUGGGUGCUGGUUCAUACAACCUCACUGCAACAUGGAUUCCUGAGGAAGAUCCAGAAAAUACUAUGGCUGUGUGCAGUCUCCUGGAAUUGUCCAGGAACACCAGUCACACAGAGUACACAUGCACUGUGGACAUGACUGAACUCCUAGGAGAUACCAAAGUCCAGGUGGAGGUUACAGAGGUAGCUGAUAGACAGCAAGUGAUUUCCAAAGACUUUUAUUUGUCAGACAACAUCAAACCACAGCCUCCAUUCAACCUGACCACUUUGUUCUCAGAGGGUUACAAUAUUUCUUGGGAAACCACCUACCAGAAAUCUCCCUUCCACUUUUUGAAUGAGGAGCUGGAAUAUCAGCUGCGUUAUAAGAGAAGAACCGAUACCUGGGAGACUCAGAAGACUAAAGCUGUUCAUGAAGAUAAACGGACACUGGUGAUCCUACCAUGGGAACUCCAGGUGAACACUGAGUACGAGUUCCAAGUGAGAGCCAGACCCCGGGAAGACAGUGGCUACCGUGGGUUUUGGAGUGAAUGGAGUCUUCCACUGUCACUGAAAACCAGCCCUGCCGCAGUAACACAAACAGCAGGCAUGGGAUGGCUGCUGCUGUUUGGUGUUGUUGUGUCAAUCAUGGCUUCAAUCGCAACCUUUCUGGCCAAACAACAGAGCUUUUGGAAGAAGAUGGCUUGCAUCCCAGACCCUGCUCCCUUUUUCAAACCUCUUUACCUGGCGCAUAACGGAGAUUUCAAGAAGUGGGUUGGUGCAUCCCAUACGAAAAUGACCUUUGAUUUCUUUGAAUGGGGAAUAGUCCUUCCAGAAGUCCUCGAAGUUUACACCAUGCAUCCUUCCAACAGCACCUCACGGGAAGAGCUGCAUGAGCUGAGAAAGAAUCUGCCUUGCAAGACCUGUGUGUCUUGCCUGACUGCUCCAGGCCACGAUAGCCAGUCCCUGUGGUCUAGUGUAAACAGCAGUGGUGGGACUGAGGAGCAGUCAUACGGGCAUUUGUCCAUUGAUACGGUUACUGUGGCUGAUGAAUUUACAUCCUGUAACUGCCAGUGCAGCUGUAACCAUGUGUAUAGGGAACACGAGCAUACCAAUGAGGAAGAUGAUGGUACUGGAGGACCUGGUUACCCCAAGGUUAACAUUGAUGAGGAAGACAGAAAGAUAUCCCAUGACUUGCAUCUGGCUGACCUGAGCACGCAGGACAAAAUACUUGCUUCAGGUUCCGUGUCCACAGACCACUUGAGGAGCACAAGUGUCCCAGCCCACCAGCAAGUAGAAAGGUCUUUAGAAGCAGGAGUGGGGAGCAUCCUAGAAGCCCUUUGCUUGCAGCCUCUUCGGUGGGAUUUGGAAAAUCCAGGUUCUCUACCUUCUCCUGAUGGUGACAGUGUUUCCUACAGUGAAGGCUCCUACGACUUCUUCCCUCACAGUACUAAGCCUGGUGACAGUUACCCUAUGAUCUGCAUUGAUUUGGACACUAUUGACAGUGGCUUUGUAGACUCAGACUGUGGAAGUCCUCUUGACUGUGAAUUUGGGCAAAACAGUCAGACCAACUGUGGGCCCAUCUCUCUUGAGCAGGAGGGGCAGGACUUUCCACGGAGCUACGUCAAGCAGUGGGUCUCCUGUCGCUCUGACAGCCCUGUCAGUGGGACACAGGCGAACUGAAGACUUGAUGUUGCUUGGUAGAGCGUGGGGCCUUUCCUUACUGUGCCAGGAGCAAAGUGUUAGCAAAAUUCAGAAGA